AUGACACUAAAAAUCAUCACCAUCGCCGAUGAUGGUGGUGUCUAUGAUAUCAGCAACAAAGAAGAGCUCAAGGAUUUGUUGGAAUCAUUGGAGACAAAAUAUUUGGUAAAUACGGAAACGAAACGAAGGGUUCUCGGAUAUGCCUCACUAGUGGAUGGAGGAACCUACGCGGUUAAGGCCUCUAGUACUAUAAUUGCUGCCAAUGUAGUAUCCUCGAGUAUCGCGGACCAGCAGGAAACAUCACAUGCAGCUGCAGCUCGUCACCCAAUGUUAUUGAAUCAGCCACAGGAAGAUGCACCAAAAACAAACCAAAUCAAGAGCGAUGGCGAUGAUUACGCGGUUAAGGCCUCUAGUAAUGCCAUUGCUAGAAACGAAGUAUCCACCAACACUAUAUCACCGCAACAAGGAAUUUCAGAUGCAGCUGCAGCACACCCUUCAACGUUAUUGAAUCAGCCACAGGAAGACGAACCAAAAACAAAACAAAUCAAAAGUGAUCUUGGUGAUGAUGGUGGUCAUGAAUAUGAUGAUGACGCCAAUAAGAAAAGGCCUGCUGAUGAAUCGACUAUAAACAACGAAGCAAAGAGAAAGAAGAGACAGAAGGCAACGAAUGACGAUCGAAAAAUCAUUGUAAGCAGUGACUGUGGUGAUGGAGGAGAAGAGAUGAUGACCAACAAUGAGAUGACUGAACAACACCUUGAUGAGCCUCAAAACGAGAUCCAAUUGAGUAAAGCCAACAAAUUCAUGGGCGAUGGGGAUGUUUUGUACCACCAAGGCAAAUAUGCGGCAACACUGAAUUUAUACCAAAAGGCUCUUGAGAUUCGAUUAGAGGUUCUUGGAGACCGUCACCAGAAUGUGGUCUUGUCGUACACAUAUUUAGGUACCUGCUUGUGGAGGAUGAAGCGAUAUGACGAAUCGUUGAGGAACUACCAAAAGGCUCUUCAAAUUCAUCUGGAAAUAUGUGGAAGUGUGCAUGCUGACACUGCUCAAUCGUACCACAAUAUCGGGGUUGUCUUGAAGAGUCAAAACAAGCUUGACGAAGCAUUGAAGAACUACGAAAAGGCACUUGAUAUUCGUCGUUCAGUUCGUGGAAAUCGACACGUUGACACUGCUCAAUCAUACAACAGUAUCGGGGUCCUCUUCCACAAUCAAAAACGAUAUGACGAGGCAUUGGAGAUGCAUCAAAAAGCACUUGCUAUUCGAUUGGAAGUGUGCGGAAAUCGUCAUCUUGACACUGCUAAAUCAUACAACAAUGUCGGCAUUGGUUUAUGCAAUCAAAAGAAGUAUGAUGAAGCGAUGACGAACUACCGAAAGGCACUUGAAAUCCAUCUAGCAGUAUGCGGGGCUCGUCAUGUGGACACUGCUGAAUCAUACAACAACAUUGGAUUUGUCUUUUACCAUCAAAAUCGAGUUGACGAAGCAAUGAAGAUGCAUGAAAAGGCGCUUGAUAUUCGGUUGGAAAUCCUUGGCAAUCGCCACGAAGAUACGGCCGAAUCAUACAACAAUAUCGGGGAUAUAUUUUACGAUCAAAAGAACUAUUACGAAGCAUUGACGAAUCACCAAAAGGCACUUGGUAUUUCGUUUACAGUCUGCGGAACUCGUAAUGCUGACAUUGCUCAAUCAUACAACAACAUUGGGAUUAAUUUAGGCAAAAAAAAGAAGUACGACGAAGCAAUAAAGAACUACCGAAAGGCACUUGGGAUUCGUUUAGCAGUGUACGGAGAUCGUCAUGUUGACAUUGCUCAAUCCUACAUGGACAUCGCGGUUAUCUUCCACAAGAAAAGAUUACAUGACGAAGCAAUGGAGUACUAUCGAAAGGCACUUGAUAUUCGACUGGAAGUCUUGGGAGGUAGUCAUGUUGAAACUGCUCAAUCUUACAACAAUAUCGGGUGUGUCUUUCACAGGAAAGAACUAUAUGAUGAAGCUUUUAGGAACUACCGAAAGGCACUUGAUAUUCGAAUGGAAGUCUUGGGCGAUAGUAGUCUUCAAACUGCUCAAUCUUACAACAAUAUUGGGUGCGUCUUGACCAGUCAACAGAAAUACGAUGAAGCUUUGACGAAUCACCAAAAGGUACUUGCUAUUCGUUUAGGAGUAUUCGGAAAUCACCACGAGUUUACCGCCAAUUCAUACUUCAUCAUUGGAAUUGUCUAUGAGAAGCAAGUGAAAUAUAAGGAAGCGCUCAAAAUGUUUCGUCAAGCCCUCGAUACUCGAAUGAAAGUCCUUGGCAAUCGUCAUCAAGAUGUUGCCACAACCUAUAAACGGAUUGGAGAAGUCUUGACCAAGCUAAAUAAACACGUCAAAGCCAAUGUAAUGUACGAACUGGCUCUUGACAUUUUCUUGGAAGUUCAUGGUGAGAACCAUAGACAUGUUGCAUACCUACGAAAGAAAAUGGCAAAUGGAUUGAAACUCCAAUGCCAGCACUAG